CGGCAUCGCGGCGUGGAAGGCGACGUCGAGCAGCUCGUCGUCGUCGUCGUCGUCGUCUUCUUCUGGAGGAUCGGGCAGCGGCAAGAUGCAGUACAUCGACGGCACGGCCAAGGUCGUCAAGUCGAACCCGUCCGACCCGUCCCAGUUCGAGAAGGACUCGCGCCUCAAGCCCGCGUUCUGGGCCAUGGCGUACACGCCCAAGAACGUCCUCGAGGAGUACGGCUGCGGCGCGACGCUCGCCAACGUCACCGAGGACAUCCAGCUCCUUUCGCAGCUCACGACCCGGCUCCGCACGUACAGCACGAGCUGCAACCAGACGCAGCUCACGCUCCAGGCGAUUGAGGACACCAAGGUCAACAUGACGGUCUGGAUCGGCGCCUACGUCGGCGACAACUCGACCGUCAACGAGCAGCAGCAGCAGGACGUCCUCGACGCGCUCACGCUGUACGGCACCGAGCACGUCAGUGGCAUCACGAUCGGCAACGAGUGCGUCUUGCCCUUCCUCCUCCUCCUCGUAACUCGGCCGCCUCGGUCCAGUUUAUCGUCGCUCAGCAAGCCGCUGUGCGUCCCCUCUGUCUCUUCCCUCCCCUCUCUCGCCCUCGCCGCGCUCAACCUCGACAAGUCGCUCCCGGUCGGGACGUCGGACGCCGGCUCGUCGUUCAACGCGGCCCUCACCGAGGGCAGCGACUACAUCAUGGCCAACGUGCACCCGUGGUUCGGCGGGCUCGCGAUCGACCAGGCGGCCGGGUGGACCUGGGAUUUUUUCGAGCAGAACGACGUCGUCCUCGCCGAGGCGGCGUCCAACAAGCCGACGGCCUACAUUGCCGAGACGGGCUGGCCGACCCAGUCCAUGACGCCCGAGAACGCGACCCUCGGCGCCGCCGUCGCCGGCGUCGGCGAGCUCCAGACGUUCCUCGACACGUACCCGUGCCAGGCCAACGCCAACCAGAGCUACUACUUCUACUUCGAGCCGUUCGACGAGCCGUGGAAAGAGCGAUUCGGCGGCGUCGAGCCAUACUGGGGCCUGUUCGACUCGAACAAGGUGCUCAAGGACAUUACGUUUCCUGACUGCCCGAUCGACUCGACACAUGCGUCGGGUUGAGGUCCUCGCUGUCGUCGCCGUCGUCAUCACCGUCGUCCGCCC